AAAUUGCAAACUUAGUCUAUAAGCACUCCUUUUGCAUAACACAACUACUUUGAAAUUCCUUAAUGUUGCACCUAAUUUCAUGAUAUCCAUGCCACUUUUGAUGAAGCCAAAACAAUAUAAAAUUCAAUGAACCAAACAUCACUAAAGGAAUGUUUAUACCAGAUGCUCUAAGAGGCUGUAUGAUCGAGACGGACGUUUCUUCUUAUUUGCAAACAUCAUCAUCGGGACAGGAUGAAUUUCACCCCUUUAUUGAGGCACUUCUACCGUACGUCAAAUCAUUCUCAUACUCAUGGUUUAACCUGCAAGCCGCUAAACGAAAAUAUUAUAAGAAACAUGAGAAACGUAUGUCUUUGGAAGAGGAAAGACAUUGUAAGGACGAGCUGCAGAAUGAAAAAACUGAGGUGAAGCAAAAAUGGGCUUCCCGUCUUCUUGGCAAGCUUCGAAAAGAUAUUACUCAAGAAAGUCGAGAGGAUUUUGUCCAAUCAAUAAUCGGAAAGCGAAAAUCUAUAUGUGUUCUCUCAAACCCCGAUCAGAAGGGUAAAAUGCGACGCAUAGACUGCUUACGACAGGCCGACAAAGUUUGGCGACUUGAUUUGGUUAUGGUGAUACUUUUUAAAGCGAUUCCCUUGGAAAGCACUGACGGUGAAAGAUUAGAAAAGAAUCCGGAGUGCUUACAUCCAGGGUUGUGUGUAAAUCCAUACCACAUAAAUGUUUCUGUAAGAGAACUGGACUUGUACUUGGCCAAUUUUAUAAAUACUCAUCAUUCAGUUACGAAUCCGACUUUUUCAACACCCCCUGGUGCGAGGUCACCACAUGUGACCUUAUAUAACCGAACCAAUGAACUAUCAGAUACGAAAGUGGAGGUCGCUGACAUGAAGAACGAGGGUGUCAGACAAAACCCAUACAACGGAGUAGUGUGUAACGACAUUAUUUUAGCGACCGGAGUAUUUUCAUCCCAAGAACUGUGGACAUUAUCCAAAGAUUUAAUUUUAGAUGAAGCAAAUGAUAACAGCCUCAACUCAAACCAUAUUAAGAGGGAAAAUGUUGGAGCUGGCUAUGAGUGCAAUACAUAUCAAAAUACUUCCGAAUCUUCAUUGUCGAGCGCGCAAAAUCUUAUUCAAGGAGGUGCAAUUGUGGCUAAUCCGAUUCCUAUUGGUUACAGUAUUGACUUUGUAGAUCAAAGAAGUAUGCAUUUAUCCCAAAGUCCAUUGCUACGUGUAGAAGGCCCAACCGGCGACGCUCAUAAUCCGCAAAAGCUCGAUCAGAGCAGCUCACCUCCCAUCACAAGUACCUCAUCAGACAAUGGCGGCAGUAAUUUCUCCCUUAUAGUCAGAGCAACGGAAAACUCGAAUGUGGUGACCCCAAAAGCCCCCUUAGAUUCAAACAGUUCUCUGCACCGUUAUACGUCUCUUAACAGUAGGCCACUUCCCCAAGCUACAUUACAGCAUAAUUGCUCUGCACCACAUACUACUUCCACUAGUCCCCUAAAUACCUUAUAUUACCCACAGCAUACCAAUCCCCGACCAACUCAAACCACUUCGGUUGAGGAGCAAAACCGUGUGGGCUCCGAUAAAUAUUCAACGGAGCCUCAAGAUAUCUCGGACUUUGUCACAUAUGUUUGUCAAGACUCGAGCCAUACUACAAUUUCUGGGACAGUUGAAAACCACCCAUUUCAGCACGCCCAUACACUCCCGCACUCACACGUCACACAAGGUCAUUCACAACAUUUUCAAAUUCAUCAACAGCUCAGAACUGCAAAACUUUCAACUUCGCCAUCAACACAUUAUCACAGUACAAUGCUUCCGCCGAUGCUCCCCCCAAUGGCUCGACCGGUAGCAAUUAUUCGUAGCAGUAGUGAUUUAACUCUAGUUCAAUCACCACCGCCCUCUCUGACGCUAACAAACCAAUCUCCGAACGUGAGCAACAAUAACUGUCUGUCCAAAAAUAGCUUGGAAACGGAUAAUAUUAGACUUGCAAAUACAAUCGACAACAGCAAUAGUCCUGUGAACACAGAUGUGGGUGCUCAACACGACAUACCAGAAAACGCAUCUCCUCAACCACAAACUCAAGUCACGGUAUCAACAAGUCCUCAAUCUUAUCUUGAUUCCGGCAGAUGCAAAUUUAUACCAACUGGUUCAAACAUCAGCAGGAUUACUACGCAAAUGUAUCCCUCAUCAAAUAACAGAGAGUAUUUCAAUCACUUUCACGCGCAACCUCCUUCGCUGUUGGGAUAUGCCGGUUCCAUUUCCACAAUGUCUGGUGUUAUAAGUCCAACCGAUUUGAGUCUUUACUCGUCUCCAAUGGCAGUAUCACGUUCGAGUACCAGGACAAAAUGGAACGAAGAGGAGCAUACCGUUAUUCCACAUUCUGUAUCUGGUACAAAUAUAGAAAACACCCAAGUUAUAUUAAUGGAAGAUUAACUCGUUUCAGCGUCUGGACGUUAUAUAGAUGAAUUCUCGAGUCGUGACUAUGUGUCAUGAUCUAAGCUAAAUAAAAUAAAAGUGAUAGAACUCUUCGGCUUGGGCAUCCGAAAAAACUGAAAAGAGCAUAAUUAAAAAAAUUGAAGUACCUUAAAUGAAUACAUUGUGGAAUGUCUAAAAAUUCCUCACAAAUCCGGUCGUAGGUUUAGAAUCUGAUUUUUGUGAUUGACUUCAAAGAAUAUUUUUUAAAGCCCACUCCUUUGAAAAUUUAAAAUCAUUUAUUUAUUUCGUUUUCUUGUGAAAUGGAAUUUGAUAUUUGAUUACAAAUUCUUUGAAAGAUGUGACACCCCUAAUAUAAAAAUAGUGCUAAGCGUUUUUAUUGCUUUAAAAUCAGUUGUAUAAUUUUAAUUAACACAGUAGCAACAAAUAGAAAAAUCAUAAUGUCUUUCACCUUAACACCUAAAUAUUCUUCUAAUUAGGGUUUAAAAAGGUAAUCUAAAAAUCAUUUCUUCUUAACGGAUAGACUAGCUUUAAUCAUUAGAGCUGUGAAAAAAUAUGAUUGAGCGAAAUUGCACAUAGUUUAAUAGGAUAUAACUUUGUUUAUAUACCUAGUUUCUUUAAACUGAAGUAAAUAUCUAUACAGAGGUCUAUAUCAUACUUACUACAUGCAUUUGUUGGUCAUGCAUGAACAAUGUCAUCGAUAUACUGAACAAUGUCAUCGAUAUACUGUAAAAACGUACGAUAUAUGCGAUAUACAUAUGUAUGUUUGUAAGGAAAAAGUCUGGUACACCUUAACAAAAUCAGUUUUGGAAAGUUUUUAGUGCAAGAUUUUUCCAUUAUUAUUUUACCUAGGUGGUUAUAUCCAGUUGUAAUUUUUUUUGCCUAUUUUGUAUGUAUAUAUAUUUUGAGUAUAUUGUCUUAAAAUUUCCAAGUAAUCCGGUAAAUAGAUUCGGACUAAUGAGAGUUUUUGUAAAGACGACUCUGACGUAGUUUAAAUAGUACCCAAAAAUUUAAAUACGUUAUUCUCGAAACUGUGUUUUCAAAGUCGGUGAGGAAUAUUUCUCCGAGACGUCUUGACCGACGGACAUGAAAUUCUCACAGGCUCUUCUUAGAUACUUUUGUCAAGUAAUGAUCGAAGGAAUAAAGGUUCGAUUAAAAUUUUGAUUUAUCAAAAACGAUGGUUUUUGGUUGGGAAGCCGCCAUUUUAUCUAAAAUCAAAAUUCUAUUCUACUAUUCCUUUAAUCAUUACCUGUAUUUAUUUAUCCUUAAAUGAGUCCUUUCGGUUUUUUGUAUUUGAGAUAAUAAGGAUCAGAGAUAUCUUCCUCACCGCCAGACACCUUUUUGUGAACGACUUUCAGGAACGACAGAACCCAAUAGUUUUGUUAAUAAAAUAUGAAUUCUUAGAAUACAAUACGUUCGCUAAAUUUUCAUAUAUGUUGUUUGUAUAUGGUAUGUUCAAUAAAAGGCCUCUCCAAAAUAAUAAUAAAAAAAAUGUUUUUCGCAAUUACAUUUGGAUAUAACCCCUUAAAGCAAUAUCAUACAUAAAGUUGUCCGGCCUUACAAAAAUGAAUGUGUAACUUUUUUUUGGUACUAAAAUUUAAUUUUUCACAACUUUCUCGUUCAAAAUGGAAGUUCACUGACAUAUAAAUAUGUUGAUAUAGGCGGUCUAUUUCGUUUUUGUUUAAAGAGACAUCCCUUAACCAAAGCCAAAAAACUUAUAAAAUAUUUUGAUCAAGACGAAAGUGGCUUUAGUUUAAACAAAAACGGAUUUUUCAAAAAUUCUGUUUGAUAGUUUCUAGGGUAGCAGUAUCACAUAGUGCUCUAAAUUUUAUCAAAUUUACCUCGUGAUUGUUAAUUGUAAGCUAUUUAGGUUUCAAUUAUAAUAUUUAUUUUUGUAAAAACCAGAACGCUGUAUGUUAGUUUGAUUUAAUCUCCUAAGAAAUAGUCGAAAUCCCUUUUUUUUGAGAUCGUAACAACAGUGUUGAAAUAUAUAACUUUACAAAAGUAUUAACAGCCACUUUAAAUUAAAACCACAGCCAAUAAAAACAUUAUUUUUAACAAGAAGUCAAGCUAAUGCGGCAUUUCUUUAAGAUUCAAUAGAGCCUUAUAUGUAUAAAUAUAAAUAUAACACAGCAUGAUUUUUUAUAGCUGAACAUGAAUAAUUUAAAAAGGAAAAUUAAAUAACAACUAACAUCUUGAUAUGUAUAUUAUUACAUAAUCUGGAUAAACUAAUUAAAAAAAAAAGAUUUUCACCAUAAAAAAAUUCAAAAAAUAUCGAAGAAAGGCAUACGAAAGUUUGAAUAAUUUAAAAGCUAUUAUAUUAUUAUAUAAGAGGUAACAAUAAUAUGACAAUAUUAGCAUUAAGAGCAGCAUCGCCAAACAUGUUAAGAAUGUAAAAAUAAGUAACUUAAUGACUAUUAUUGUAGGUCGAAAUACUAAUAUUUACAUAAUUUUCAUUACAGUUGAGAAGACAUUUUUGAUUUUGAUUUAAUUUGAUUUUAUAAGUAAGUAGGCAUAAUAACAAUAAAUUGAAGAAUUUUACACUAUUCUUGUCAUUUUUUUAAUGUAAAUAUUAAAACAAAAAAGUUAAAAAAUGUUUUCUAAUUGUUACUGUUAUAUAUUAGGAUAUAAAUAUUAAUUCUCAUUAUUUCAAAACAUAUGGUUUAUUGUUCCAGUUUUAAUUUUUUAUAUAAUCGAAUUCUAUUAGGAAUUCCUUUAUAGGAUUUUACGCGAUGUAAUAGGAAUUCACUCAAUUUGGUCAAAUUGAGGGAGCAUCUAUUCAAUCAUAAUAUUAGUUUUAUAUGGAUAUCGCUUGUAUUUAUUUUUAAUGUGUUUGGCAUGUCGAAUAUAUAAAAUAUGUUAUUUUUUAAAAAUAGCUUGAAACUGCAUAAUUGUAUGUAUUUACAAAAGUGUCCUUUAAGGAAAGUAUAUCCAAGGCGAAGAAAAGUGUAAAUCAUGCUUCCCAUUUACAAACCUAUUUAUUUUAUUUGCCAAUUUUUAAAUAACACAAAUAUACAUAAAUAAGUACAAUAAUAAUUCUAAGGAAAUGGCAAGGGGCGAGGGCAAAUAUAAAAUUAUAUGCAUACUACUUCUAAGAAUUGGCUGUGAAUAUCAUCUUACGCUAGCGCUUUUGUAAUUAAGAUUGAGAUGAAAGUGCUUUUUAUAAAUAGAAACGAAUAUAUUGUAAUGCAACAUUAAUAUUUACAAAUUACAAAACUAUUAUAGACUGCAAAAAUAGGAGACUUGGUAUUAAUAUAAGAACAUAUUUUGAAAAAGCUAGUUAAUAAAUAGUAGUGUAACAAGUA